AUGUUAACUGUAAAUGAUGCUUUCCGCGUAUCCAGCUGUCCUCACAAGUUUUCUUCCAUCCACGGCGCCCUCCGCGUGGGAAAUACAAAACCGAAGCGCUCCUCACCCGGUUUUACUGCAAUCAAGGCAUCGAUAUCUCCUCCAAUCCACCGUAAUAAAAUCCCCCACCCACCCAUCCUUAUUCUCCACCACUUCCUCUUUUCAUCUCAACCCUGGACCAAAAAAAAAAUCUCCUCCAUUAUCUUUGCCAUGAGAUCCCUUCCUCUUCUUCUCCUCCCUCUUCUUCUCACAGCCAUUCAUUCACCUCCGAGAGCCCUUGCAGUUCUUCCUGGAGGCUGGCAACCAAUCAAGGAUAUCAAGGAUCCCCAUGUCCAAGAGAUUGCGGAGUUCGCGGUGUCGGAGCACAACAGGCUGGCCAACACAAGCCUUGCGUUGAGUAAAGUGGUGAAGGGUGAGACCCAGGUGGUGGAAGGAAUUAACUAUCGGCUUGUUCUGGAGGCCAAAGAUGGCGAAACCAAGGCGGACUAUGUGGCCGUCGUAUGGGAGAAGGUGUGGGAGAAUUUCAGGAAGCUCACAUCAUUUACAGCGGUCCACCAUUAAAAAUGCAAAUGAGAAAUAUUAUGAGAGAAGAUAUGGACAAUAAGUAAUUAGCACUCCUUAUUAUUGAUGUUCAAAUAAAGAAUUAAGAGAGAUGAGAUGUGGAUAGCAUGUGCUGCAUCUGCUGUUCUGUUAUCAUCAUUUUUUUUUUGUGUCGCUAUCGGUUUAUUUUCUUUCCUCUCAUAAGUGUCAAAUCAAAUACCAACUUAGGCCAAUAACUAGGUAUAUGAUAAUCUAUAGAUCACAUGAGCUUCUCACAAUAGAUUUGUACGCCAACGCAUGUGAUAAUGUAAUACCAUGUAAUUAUUUUUUUUUAAAAAAAAGUAGGAUGGUAUGAUGGAAGAAAAA